GAUAAUUAGUGCAGUAUUCAAGGAAGGCCAUUUUUGUAUUAGACCAAUUUUAGUCCCCAAAUAACUUUGGUGCCGUAUUUUAUAACGACGAUGGGCUGGAUUUGGUGUGUUUGGGUUUUCGUAUGUAGUGGGUUUUAUGCCCUAGCGUUACACCCUGAAGUUUAUCUGAACAUGGAACAACGUGUUAAGCGUCACGGUUACCCACUCGAAAUCCACCCCGUCACCACCGAAGACGGCUACAUCUUAAACAUGUACCGCAUCCCACACGGUUUGAAAAAAUCCGAAAACGAACCGACCAAUAAAAGCGCCAUCUUACUGGUACAUAGCUCUGGGGGUUCCCCGGCGAAUUUCGUCACAUUGGGUAAAAAAUACUCGGCAGCCUACUACUUUGCCGACAGGGGAUUCGACGUGUGGCUGUUCUGUUCCAGAGGGACCGAGUGUCAAAAUCCUAGGAAACAUAUCAAAUGGGACUGGAAUAACGAUCCUGAAUAUUGGAAUUGGAGUUUCCACGAGGUUGGCCUUUAUGACUUACCAGCAAGCAUAGACCACAUUUUAAACGUAACCCAACAAAAGAAGAUCUUCCAUGUAGGAUAUUCGUCUGGCGGACCCCAGUUGUACGCACUGAUCUCCGAAAAACCCGAAUAUAAUGAAAAAAUUAAACUGAACGUCAACUAUGCCGCGGCAGUACUUUUAAAAGAAGUGGAUUAUCCUUUUCUGCAAGUUUUGUGCCAACUUAGCAAUCUCUUCAAGAACUUAUAUGGUGCUAUGGGCGUUACUGAGUUAACCCCUCCAGUGUUUUACUCAGUAUUGAGCGAUUUGGUUAGGAAAAUGUGCGCCGACCCUAAAUGGUUUAGACUUUGCAAGGUGGCCCUCUCGUCCUUUGGCUCCAAUUUGUCCACCCUUAUGGAAGAUGAUAUAGUGGAAUUAGCUACCAGUGUCUUUCCCCGCCUAUCAGUAAAACAGGCCACACAUUAUAUGGAUAAUGUGAAUAGAGGGGAUUUUCGUAAAUAUGACUAUGGUAAGCAAACGAAUUUGGCGGUGUACGGAAGGGCAGUACCCCCACGUUAUAAUUUGACUGCAACGACUGUUCCCAAUGCUUUUUUCUAUGGAGCUACUGAUUCUUUGAGCGUUCCAGAGGACAAUCAAGAACUCAUAGGCAUUUUAUCGAACGUGAUAUACGAGGAAGAAUUGGGGCCAAGUUUUGUGCAUUUGGACUUUAUUUUCGCCAAGAAUGCCUCGCAUAUGCUCUAUAAGCCCACUGUGAAGCUGUUCAAGGAUUUUGAUGCGGGCAGAAUACCGCCUAAAAUUGUUAAAAGAAGUAAACAGUAAAUUAAAUUUCGUUUAUUUUUUUA